GCGGAGGAGGCUGUUGCUGUGCCAGCACCGCCGGGCCGGACAACCCUUCCCUCGGCUGCAGAUCCCGUUGGAUCCCUUCCCAUAAUGGAAGCCUGAGUGCCAAGCUCCUCCAUGACCUCCAGAAGCCACAACUCCCUGCCGAGAACUCUGAUGGCUCCACGCAUGCUUUCGGAGGGUGCCCUGGGGGGCAUCGCGCAGAUCACUCCCUCGCUGUACCUGAGCCGGGGCAGCGUCGCCUCCAACCGGCACCUGCUGCUGUCCCGGGGCAUCACCUGCAUCAUCAACGCCACCAUCGAGAUCCCCAACUUCAACUGGCCCCAGUUUGAGUACGUGAAAGUGCCUUUGGCCGACAUGCCCAACGCCCCCAUCUCGCUCUACUUCGACAGCGUGGCCGACAAGAUCCAGAGCGUGGCGCGGAAGCACGGAGCCGCCCUGGUGCACUGCGCCGCCGGCGUCAGCAGGUCGGCCACGCUCUGCAUCGCCUACCUGAUGAAGUACCACAAGGUGACCCUCUUCGAGGCCUACAACUGGGUCAAGGCCAGGCGCCCCGUGAUCCGGCCCAACGUGGGCUUCUGGAGGCAGCUGAUAGACUACGAGAGGAAGCUCUUUGGGAAGACCACGGUCAAAAUGGUGCAGACCCCCUACGGCAUCAUCCCAGACGUUUACGAGAGGGAGCGCAGACCCCUGAUGCCUUACUGGGGGAUCUGAAGGGACUGCAGGCGGGAAGCACAGCAGGAGGGAUGUGCUGUUCCCAGGCGACCGGAGCGGAGCCGUCCCCUUCUCCUGCAGCCAACCUGGGUUCUUUACCAUGCAGCAGAACCUCAGCCAAGUCUCACCUCACCAACCUGCAAGGCCAACGGUCCCCUCCCAAGCGUUUCUCUCCGCAGGGAUUCCCCAUCUGCCUUUCUCUGGUUUAGCUGAAUGAAGUCUUCUCAUGAGUUGAAUCCUUUCCUAGAGCCUCCCUUCUUUUCUCAGUCAGUUUUAGUGUCCCAGGCAGAGGCCUGGGAGGCGCUGGGCAGCGCUGAUGAACAAAGUGCGCUUUGUGAUGCAGCAGCCUGGGUGCCUGUGGUGCAGCAGCCUGGGUGCCUGUGGUGCAGCAGCCUGGGUCUUGCUCCCAGCUUGUUUGCUUCCCUGCAGAAAUCCUGCAGGGGCUGAGGGAGCGGCACCAGCACGGAGUGGGCUCCAGCCCCCUGGCACUGGGUCUGUCCAAGGGCCAGGCAGGAGUGCAGGCUUGUGGUGCUAGUGCUGGUUUAAACAGCUGUAGGGACUCUCGGUAUAUAGUGUGUGAGGUCCUUAGUCAGAUCAGAACCUGUGCUCAAAGCGAAGAAAAUCAAACAGAAGUAAACCCAACAAAGCCCAGGUGAAGCCAGGCACUGCCUGUCGGCCACGGGCCCAGGCUGGGUGAUUCAGCUCCAGUAAACACAAGAGCUUCGCUUUUGUUUCCCUCAUUCCACGCCAGGGCAGUAGUCCUGGAGCACACUGACCCCUGGUGUGACUCUCCUGCUCCCUGUCCUG